AUGAAGAAAAUCAAUUUCCUCGUUAAUGAUUUACCUUUGGUGAGGAACAAUUUUCUCGUUGAAAGUCUCUCGCCGACUGCGACUGCUCCGUCGAUGACGAUCAAGAUCACCGCAAUCUUCUCCAUCCUCAUCGGCGGUUUCAUUGGAGUCUGCAUACCGAUCCUCGGGAAGUGGGUCCCAGCUAUGCGUCCUGACCGCGACGUGUUUUUUGUGGUGAAGGCGUUUGCGGCGGGUGUUAUAUUGGCGACCGGAUUCAUCCACAUCUUGCCUGAUGCGUUCAAGAACUUGACGUCCCCGUGUCUGAGCGAUAAGCCGUGGGGGGAGUUUCCGUUUACGGGGUUUGUUGCGAUGGUGGCCGCUAUCGGGACGCUGAUGGUGGAUAGUUUGGCGACUGGGUAUUUUAACAGGAGGCAUUUUAUAGUUGAUGAUGGACAAAAGGGGAAGGGGGACGUUGAGGACAAUGUGCACGUGCACGAGGAGCAUGUGCACGUGCACACUCACGCCGGGCACGGGCACGCUCAUGGGAGUGUUGCUGCUGGUGGUGGAUCGUCGGAAUUGAUCCGGCAUAGGGUUAUUUCUCAGGUUCUUGAAUUGGGUAUUGUUGUUCAUUCUGUAAUUAUUGGAAUAUCAUUGGGUGCAUCGGAGAGCCCCUCAACUAUAAGACCUCUUGUCGCUGCUCUGACAUUUCAUCAGUUUUUUGAGGGUACAGGUCUUGGAGGAUGCGUAGUGCAGGCAAAAUUCAAAGCUCGAUCAAUGGCUAUAAUGAUUCUAUUUUUCUCCCUCACAACACCUGUAGGAAUCGCAAUAGGCAUAGGGAUAUCAUCAGUGUAUAACGAGAACAGCCCAACUGCUCUCAUAGUCGAAGGCAUUCUCAAUGCAGCGGCCGCAGGGAUUUUGAUUUAUAUGGCACUCGUCGAUCUUCUUGCUGCAGACUUUAUGAACCCUAAGGUUCAGGGUAAAGGAAUUCUUCAAGCAGCCGUUAAUGUCUCGCUUUUAGUGGGAGCAGGGUUGAUGUCUCUGUUGGCUAAGUGGGCCUGAUACAUGUAUUUCAUAGGUAUUUCCUCCAUUUUUGGAGAAUUUCUUUCUUUUUUUCUUCUUUUUCCCCCUUUUUGAGGAAGGUUGUACUGUUCAAGAAAAUCAACGCAUCCAUAAAUAUAUUAAGGUUUUUAGAGCUCAA